AUGGCAGAUCCCAAGAUCCAGGAGCUGCUGAACAAGCCGCGCAACGAGCUCACCGAGUACGAGAUUGCCGAGCUCGAAGAACACGAAUUCACAUCCGGCCCCCUUUCAAUCCUCCAGACGGCCGUCAAGUCGCACACCCAGGUCCUCAUCUCCAUCCGCAACAACCGCAAGCUCCUGGCCCGCGUCAAGGCCUUCGACAGACACUGCAACAUGGUCCUAGAGAACGUAAAGGAGAUGUGGACAGAGACGCCGCGGUUAGCAGAUGGAAAGAAGGGACGACCAGUCAACAAGGACCGAUUCAUCAGCAAGAUGUUCUUGAGAGGAGAUAGUGUCAUCUUGGUAUUGCUGAGCUAG